AUGUUCUUUACCGAUUUUGAGUUGGAGCAAUUGUUUAAUUGCAAUGGUGAUUCAUUAACUAUUUACGAUGGUUCGUCAGCAGCAUCUCCAUUAGCUGGUCAAUACUGUGGCUCAUCGUUACCCUUUACAUUUGCCUCGUCGACUAAUUCGGUCUUUAUGCGGUUCCUCACUGAUAAAAAUUUCCAUAGGAGAGGAUUUGAUAUUUCCUAUAUGGCUAGUCUUGAUGGAUGUAGCGGUACUAUUACUGGGCCUACUGGCAGUCUUACAUCGCCAAAUUAUCCGUUCACCUAUCCUAAUUCGACUACUUGUACAAUGAAUAUCGAUGUCCUAUCCACUAGACAAAUUACAGUCACUUGGACAGCUAUAAAUAUCCAGCAGACACCAUCUUGUGAUAGCGAUUAUGUCGCACUGUAUAAUGGGCAAGAUACUAAUGCACAACUAGUUGGAAAAUAUUGUGGAAGUAGUUUACCAUCAGUCUACACUACUACAAAUAGACAUUUAACUGUUCUUUUUGUAUCUGAUGAAGUGAUUACCAGCCAAGGUUUUAGGCUUACUUAUACAACGACUUGA